AUUGUGAAUGCAGUUGAAAAAGUUUUUUGGGUCUUCGUGAUUUCACAGCCGAGACCGUGCAAGAAAUGCCUGAGCCUGUGUAGGGAUGUAUUUUGUAGUGGACUGUGAUUAAAGAAGUGGGAUGGAUUUUGUUAGUUGACGUGUUUAAUUUUGUAUGAUGUCGUUUCCCCCCUUUCCCGCAAUGUUUUUUUGUUGUUGUUUCUUAUUCAACACCCUGCCCAGCUGGUGGCGGUAAUGCGCCAUUAACAUUGGAUGCUAUUCGCCGUUAAACCCCAUCGAAGAAGAAGAAGCCAUAACACCAUAGAAGAAAAUUUCCAUUUUUGUGUGUAGUGAAGAAAGACCCACAGACCGGACUAAAUAGGCUCCCCAACUCUCAUUCGACUGAAAAUGUCUAAACUACAGUCGUUUCGUGUGUUUUUAAAUGAGCGCUUAACGGAGGCUGCUAUGGAGAUUUUCGGUGCAGUUGAGAAAGCGGUAGUGGAGUACCAGGAGGAGAAUGAUCGCCUACGGAGAAUGCUGCUGAUCACACCGGAGAUAAAACUAUGUGGAAUAGGCUCCCUGCAGCUCUCUCUUGCUGUCUCUGAAGAGGCGGUUCCCCCUGAGCAGCAGCACUGUGAGCAGGAGUGGAGCCACAGUCUGGGGCAGGAGGACCCAAAGCCCACACAGAUUAAAGUGGAACAGGAGGAACUCUGGACCAGUCAGGAGGAAGAGCAUCUUCAAGGGCUGGAGCCUGAUAUCAUAGAGUUCAAAUUUACUCCUUCCUGUGUGAAAAGUGAAUGUGAUCAGGAGGUCUCACUUCAGUCCUUAACUCUUCCCCUAACCCAGACUAUGGAGAACAGAGAGCGUGACUCUACACCAGUGGAUCUCAAACCUUGUGGCACUGUUACCAACCUUAAGGGUCUCGACAUUCCUUGUGACCGUCCAAGUAAUCAAAACAAUGCCUCCGGCCACAGCUCAGCCGUAAGCAGCCACCCAGUAGGACUUUACAGCAGCCCACCAAUGGAUGCCAACGCACCAUUGGGUGAACACCGUUCUAAACCCAGCACCACAUCUAUACAUAUUCACUGCUGCCAUGACUGUGGUGAAACAUUUGCUCUGAAAGCUGACCUGCAGAGGCAUUUGACUCACCCCAAGAAGAGACCCAGUGAAUGCCGCUUAUGCAAAAAACACUACAACUCCACCUGUAAACUGAAGACCCAUGUUCGACUUUGUCAGGGUGGGAAACCCUGCCUUGUUUGUGGCGAGACCUUCAAAUACAAAGGAGAUCUGUCCAGGCACAUGAAGACUCACAAAGGAGAGAAACCAUUCAGCUGUAGUGACUGUGGGAAAAGUUUCAAUCGCAAAGAGUACCUAACCGAACAUAUACGGACUCACACAGGAGAGAAACCAUUUAGCUGUGGUGUCUGUGGGAAAACCUUCAGUCAAAGGGGAGCCCUAGGGAGGCAUAUACGGACUCAUACAGGAGAGAAACCGUUUAGCUGUGGCGACUGUGGGAAAAGAUUCAGGCAGAAGGGUGACCUAGGGAAGCAUAUGUUGACUCACACAGGAGAGAAAAUAUUUAGCUGUGGUGACUGUGGGAAAUGUUUCAGUCGCAAGCAUACUAACUGAUCAUAUACUGACUCACACAGGAGAGAAAUCAUUUAACUGUAGAGACUGAAGGGUGACCUAAGGAGGCACAUACUGACUCACACAGGAGAGAAACCAUUUAACUGUCGAGACUGAAGGGUGACCUACUGACUCACACAGGUGAUAAGCACACGGUUGCUCAGUUUGUGGUAGAACAUUCAUUCGUAAGGCUCAUCUGCUGAAACACGUGAAUAACGUCCACAAAGAAAGAAGUCAGGACAAAAGCGGAAAGAAAGAAGAUUAGGACAUAACGUCCAAAAGUUCAAGUUUAAGUUUUUGUCAAAGAAGAAACCCGCGCACUGCUCUUGCUAGUAUCACUGCUCUUUAUUAAGCUUUACGUAUCGGCCUCAAAGCUCUAACGAAGGGCCUUGACGCCGAUACGUAAAGCUUAAUAAAGAGCAGUGAUACUAGCAGUUUUCCCAUCAAGAGAAGAACUGUUCUGUAGCCUAGUAUGUAUUUAAGUGUUUGUAUUAUACGUUUUCCACGUGUUAUGUAUCCUAAGUGUUUUCUCGUACUAUUUUGUAUGCUAUGUUUGAUUUAUGCAAAAUCUGCAUUUCUUCAGUUUGUGUAACUGAACAAGAAUGACUAAAGCCAAAGUCAGUCGCUCGCUCGUUCACUCGUUCGCCAUUUAGAAAAUAUCAAGGUGACCUAAAAAUAGGAUAUGAUAACAAUGGUUUUUGUAAUUGCUCAACAAACCAUUGUAGCCUAAUGGCAGGCAGUAAUUGGGCUUCAAGUAUGUCUACAGAUAUUCUAUAAUUAAACAUGAAGUAGCAAGUUAAGCGACGUUGUCAUAGACCUAAUAGGUUGACCUUAAGGUUAUUGGUUAAGCUACAGUGAAAUGUGUGAGCUUUUAGAUAACGGUACACUAUAGGCCUAAUAGAUGCGAAUGUUGGAGCGGCUCAGAUGUAACCCGAUGGCUUAAUACUAGGUAGGUCUAUUGAUGACAUCCCUUUCAUGCAUGUCCAAACGGUCUUAGCUGUUAGCCGUUGUCAGAGAUGUAUUGUGUUUAGCCUAGCUGUUUGCUAGCCCCAUUGAAAUGUAGAAAUGCAGCCUCUGUUUUCGUUAUGCUAGCUAGCUAAUAAGUAUAUGUUUUGUAUGCAAAUGUACAGUAAGCUCAUAAGUAUACUUACACAUUCUACUUACCUAUUUUGACCUGUUGCGAAGGAGGCCCUCGACAUAAGAAGACUAGAGGCCAUUGUUGGUAGGAUUAACAUUGUUUAUCAUAUUUUUUAAAUUUCUGUUAGCAGAUCAUUGAUAAUGGCUUAUAAUUGGUUGUUUCGUGUGCGUGUCUUUUUUUAAUAGAAAAUAAAAUAUAAACUCUGUGGAUCUGGAAA